AUGGAAAAUGUAGGAAUGACAGAUUCUCCCUUAGAACAGGCCUCUACUUUCAUAGAGACAGACAUUUCUUCAGUGUCUCCUGCUAUAAGCAGCCUAGGUGGUGGAACUGACCUCACCAUCACAGGGGACUUCUUUGAUACACCUAUGAAAGUCACAGCUGCAGGAAUUCCCUGCCAAAUUAAACAUAUUACUUCACAAAAGAUAAUCUGUACAAUGGGAGCAGUAGACAAUAAUAGAACAUUCAGUGGAAUUCAACCAGGUAUCUUCAAUUUAUGGCCCAUCCAAAUUGUUCCUAAUGCCAGUUCUCCAUACAAUUUUCUGCCUGAGAAACAGAAACCUAUCCAAUGCACAACUGCAUGGUUUUUUGUGGCACCAGAGACAAAUAAUUAUACAUUUUGGAUUCAGGUCACAAGAGAAUGUUUCUUCAGUAGCAUGAUGGCUUCUAAAUGUGCCAAAACCUUGCCACCAGUCUUUUUGGCACCUCUUAUGAAAGGUGAUAGGAAAAGCAUUCAGUGUGGAGUUUCUGAAACCAAAAUCUGUGAUAGUCAAUCAGAAAAAGUGGAAGUUGUAUCAAUUCCUAUGGGCACCACUGAUUGGUCAACACUUUGGGAAGAAGAUUGGUUUCAUCCUAGGAAGCCCAAAUCAGAGAAAUAUGAGCUAAUUGCUGGUACAAUGUACUAUUUGGAAGCUGUGUAUCAUGAGAUAUCUCCAAACAAUGGAAUGAGCAUGGGGUUUCAGUAGCAUAAUACCUGGCUGAACCCGGAUGUGGUUAGUACUUAUUGCAGAGAGAGAUACAGAAUACAAGCCAGUGCUAUCCAGCUUCCAGAGAUACAGAUGCUGACAUUGUCUGGCAGAGGAUGGUUCGGUCUUGCUUGGGACAAUGUGACCAGAAGUAUAAAAUCUGCUAUGCAGCAUGAACUGGAGGAACUUCUUUCAGUAAAAUGUGAAAUAGAGCUAUCAUCUGCUAACAUUUUUUUGCAAGCAAGAUUUGAGCAAAAUACUGAGAAUCCAGUCAAUGGUGGAGUCCUUGUCAGUUGGACAGAACCCUUUUGUGGAAGAUUCAGCAAUUUCAGCCCCAAAAGCCUUAUCAAAACAUCUCAAUUAAUCCCUCCCUAUGAUGUCACUACAUACACACAGUUGUGCUUUGCAUAUAAAGGCUACAUGAACAAUACCCCCUACAUUGCAGUGCCUUAUUCCAAUACCUUUCUAGAUACUGUGAAGAAACAUGACAAGUUAAAGAAGGUGACUGGUGAAGUCCCCUGGAUGUGUUCCCCCUAUUAUACUUUUGUAUUUAAUCACUGCGAGGGUAUGCCUUUGGAGGGACCCGAAGGGACCGAUCAAUUGUUGAUGUUUAUGAAUGAGACAGGAAUCAAUUUGACAGUCCAGAGGAUACAAGGUGCAAGCCCACCUCUUGGAGGAACUUUUCAAAUCCAUCUGCCUGACAUGGCGAUUCCAGGUAUCCCAGUGUCCACCUCUGCCAAUCACCUCCACAGCCUUCUGCAAAAUUGCAGUGAUAAUUUUACAGCUCAGUACAUAAAUGUCAGUGAGUUUUUUGUAUCUAAGAUUUCACACAACUCUUAUCAAAGUAUAUGGACACUGAGCUGGGCUUCAAUGAUUGGUGAUUUGCCAAAUUUCAUCAGAGUAAUCUCUGAUGAAAACUUCACUGGUCUUAACCCAGCAAUAAUAAGUUAUGUAGUAUUUGAUGGUGGAGUUUUCAUUGAUCCCAUAUUUGGAGAUAUGCUUGCUACCCCCAAUAACUUUGCACAGGUUGUCGUUAACAUGAAUGACAUUCCAGCAAAUUGUUCUGGCUCAUGUACUUUUCAGUAUCUCAGGGAAAUGAUCCCUUUAGUCAGUAGCACUGACUAUUCAACAGAUGAUACUGAACACAUAAUAGUUCACAUUAUAGGAUCUGGCUUCACUGCAGAUCAUCAAUCAUUGCUCAUAGAAACAAACAACCUAACUUGCAAAAUCCUAAAUUCAAACUACACUAAUGUCCUUUUUCAGAUGAAUGUAUUACCAGUUGGAUUGUAUAAGGUGACAUUAUUGGUAAGAUCUUUUGGAUUUGCAGUCAAUGCCAGUGGAGAAAGUAGUAUCUUCCUGAAGAUUACACCUAGAUUGACUUCUGUUGAGCCUUCAACAGCUUUGAAGAUAGAUAUGUCUGAAUCAUACUUAUUUUUGAUAAGAGGACUUACAGCGAUUCUAUCAGGUUCAGGUUUAGAUGGGAUAAACACAGUACUCUUUGGUUCUCAAACUUGUCCCAUCAAUUUCAAUGCCAGCAGUGCAGUGAAAAUGGAAUGCAGGCUUCCUAGAGGAGGAGAGGAUACUGUUAAUCUAACCCUAAUGAAUGAACAUGGAUUGACUGCUUUUACCAAUGCUUUUACCUACACCUCUUCUCUAAAUCCAUGCAUUGUGUCAAUGAACAGAAAUCAAAGUGGCAUAACAGGAGGUCAGCUACUUGUGAUAGGCAUUUCUUCAUUUUCCAACUAUACUCCAUUUGAUGUGAAGGUCAAAAUUGGGGAUACUGCAGUUCAAAUUCAAACAGUAACAGAUGAUGGAAUCAGUGUAUUGCUGCCUUCUCUUGCAGAAGGAUUGCAUAGGCUUUCAAUAUUCCUCCAUCAUCUCCCACUCAACACAGGUGGAUUGGAGCCAUUAAUCCAGUAUGUUACAGAGAUCUUCAGAAUAGAACCAUGUUGUGGCUCCUUCCUAGGUGGAACAUUGCUCACCAUUUCUGAAGUAGGUUUUAGCAACAGCCCAGCCUUGGUCUUGGUCCUGAUUGAUUUUCAACUCUGUGCUAUAAUCCAGCCAUUUCAAAUGAAAAUCUUUAAAAAUUACACUUUUCUUUAUAACUUGUCUUUGACUCCAAAUAUCAUAAACAUUGAAACAGAAUUAUUCAAUGUUAAUAUUCAAAGUCUGCACCUAGGCAUAGAAGGAGUCAGUAUAACAAAUUCAGUAGCUAUCCUGGAACACGUGGAAUGUCCCCUUGAAGUACAGAAGAUCAACCACUCUAUAUCUUGGUCUCAGUGUUCCUUGCCUCUAAACAUUCUAAAAUCAGGGCACUGUGUUAUGAGAGUUCUCCAGAAGCAAAUGGGCUUUGCCAAUAUACCAGCUGAGACACACAAUCCCCUUUUGGAUGAUCAGCAAUUUCCUGAUGUACACCAAGCUCUUAGUAUGACAGUAAAUGUCAAUGGAACGUAUAGCCGUUGCCUAGGAGACUGCUCGUUCAAUCGUUUUGCAAACAAGACUCUUGUUAUUGAUGCUGUCACUGUGAGGUUUGCUGGGAUCUUAAUUUACUUGUUAAUCAGAAUUCAAAAAUUAGUUUGGGCAGUGGAUGAAAUGCUUAUAGAGGUGGAUGGACAUCUCCCUUGCAAUAUAACUUCCUUGAACAAAACCAGCAUUGAAUGUCAGGUGCACAGCCUUGACGCAAAAGAACAUAGCAUUUCGGUAUUGAGCAGAAGCUGGGGUUCAGUCUGCCUGAGACAGAAAGACUCCAAUAUCUUCAGAGUUACUCCUGUGGUGCUCCAUUUUUAUCCCCAGAAUUUCAGUCUCAAUGGCGGAGGCCUCCUGACCUUAGAAGGUGCAGCACUUCAAGGCAGGAGCAGCACCUCAAUUCUUGUAGGAAAUCAGAGGUGUCUCCUCACCAAAGUCACCUAUUGGGCCCUUAAGUGCCUUGUGCCUCCAGGCCAAGGGACUGCAAUCGUGGGGCUCAACAUAGACACUAUGUCAUAUCCUGCUGGGGAAAUAAGCUACAGUGAAGAAUUCACCCCAGUUUUCCUCUCCCUUCUGCCUUCCACAGGCCAGUUUCUCACAAUAAUGAUUUCAAAAGUUAGGCAAAUGGAAGACAUGUACGUUUUCAUUGGAAGUUCUUCCUGCAUCAAUGUUACUAGCAAAAGUACCAGUUUGCAAUGUGUGCUUCCUCAGCUUCCUACUGGAGAAUAUAAUGUGACAGAUGGAAUUGUGCAGAGAGGUUGGGCCCCCUCCACUUUGGUAUUCACUUCGGUCCUGACAGUUAUCACAGUGAAAAACAGUCAUGAAGAGAAUGGCGAAGACUGCAAAGCAGCUGGUACAGCAUUGAUCCAGUGUGACAUCCAAAUUGAAGCAAAUGCUGAUGUUGUUACAGCAGCCACCCAAUUUCUAUUCUUUUGUGAUGAUUUGGCUUAUUCCUCAUUAAGGUCUAACAAGACCUCUAUCAACUCAUCCCACGUCCAUUUUUCUGGCCUCCUUCUCAGCCCUAAAGUGGAAAGAGAUGAAGUUCUCAUCUAUAAUAGCUCCUGUAACAUUACCAUGGAAACUGAGGCAGAGAUGGAGUGUGAGGGACCUAAUCAGCCAAUUACCGCCAAGAUUACUGAGAUAUGGAAAAUCUGGGGCCAGAACACUCAGAACACCUUCCGAAUUCAAUUUUGUGGACGAUGGUCAAAAAACUUGACCUGGCUUAAUGGACAUCCACCACAAGAUGGCGAUAAUGUCAUAGUAGAAAGAGGACAGAUUUUACUACUGGAUACUAACACAAGCAUUCUUAAUAUGCUUCAUAUCAAAGGUGGCAAGCUGGCAUUUAUUGGCCCUGGUCCCCCAGAACUUCACGCUCAUUCCAUCCUUGUGUCUGAUGGAGGAGUACUUCAGGUUGGAUCUCCCAGGAAGCCAUUCUGUGGCAUGGCCCGUAUCCAUCUUCAUGAAAGUGCCUAUUCUGAAGAGUUUUUCCCAUAUGGAGUAAAAUUUCUGGCUGUGAGAAAUGGAACCCUGUCCAUGCAUGACUGUGUCCCAAAAAUAUCAGUCACAUAUUUGAAAUCAGCAGCAUACUCCAACGAUACAAAGUUGGAUUUAGUGGACUUUGUGGAUUGGAAACCUGGAGAUGAAGUUGUUGUAUGUGGAGGAAGUUUUGAAGGUACAAAAGAAAUUCUUACCAUUAAGGAAAUAAAUGGUACAAAACUCUACAUUACAUCUCCACUAAGAUAUUCUUACACUGUUACUGAGAAGCAGGUUGAAGAACAUCUUGCUUUUAGAACUGUUGUGGCAUUGCUGAGUAGGAAUCUAGUCAUCCAAGGAAAUGCCACAAGUGAAAAAGUUUCCCAUCUGCAACUCUGUAAAGCAGCAGCUAUUUCAGGAAAAUCUUAUAUGCAGCAUUGUGUUGUACUGGAUUCUUUUGCUCAGGGAGUUAGCCUAUCAGGAAUAUCAGAUUUCAAGAUUGAAAAUAAUACUUUUUACAACAUUAUGGGCCAUGGAAUUAAAAUAGACAACAAUACAAUUAUUGGACUAGUGGAUGCUGAUGGCCUUUCCAAUACUGAAGUUCUGUCCCCAGCUGGAAUAUAUAUCCAGUCUUAUGAUAAUUUGAUAGAGCUAUAUAACAUGGUAUGUGGCACUGGACAUGGUUACUUUUUUCACCUUCCUCCUGCAAGAUUAGGAGAACCAGUGAUGUCCUUCAGUAAUAAUGUAGCUCAUUCCUGCUCUAGGGUUUUCCUCCAGCAGGAUGAAAACAUAUUGAUAUGCUAUGGUUCAUUUCUCAUAGAAUAUAUUAUUCGCACCAGCAACCUUCAGCUUUGGAACUUCCACAUCUCUUCCUGCAAAGAUUUUGGUAAGAACAUUGUGGAAAGUCUUGAAAACACUUCUGUUGUCAACAGUGUACUAAUUGGCUACUUCCAUGAAAAGGAUAGAAGCUGUAUGUUGACAGGGCUGAAAACUCCUCAAAAGCAUGAACUAUGGAUUUCACGUGCAACCUUUAUGAACUUUGACAGAGGCUUUAUUAUCAGAACAGAACAAGUCCUCCUCCUCAAUGCCUCAAACUGGCUGUCAUUUCCAUUCCCUCACUGUACCAUCCUCAAAGAUCUAGACGGCUCUUUCAUUGGACAACCAGGAAGUCAGAUCCUUCCUUCUCUGGAUAUUCUUCCAGAUUCCUGUAGGACAAUUGUCAAUGCCAGUCAAGCUGUCAAUAAAAUAAAUUUGAUUUUUUUCCCCCCAAUCUUCUCAUCUAAUUUAACUGUAACUAAUAGUCGUAAUAAGGUGAUCACUGUCAAUUAUGUGUCUGACACUUUAUCAAUGCAUGGCUGGAUGACUCUUCUUUUGGAUCAAGAAAUUUAUACUUCAUCAUUCAGCAGUCCUCUGCUUCAAAGAAAUUUGCAGUAUGUAGUUACUUUUGAUAAUUUUGCUGUUGGCAAUUAUCUAUUAUUGGAGCAUGAAGGGUUGCCAGACCACAGUCAACUUACAGUGUUUUGUGGAAGAAGACUGGUAAAAGAUAUAUGUGCCAGUGUCAAAGGAGCUGACCUGUCAAAUUCUGAAACAAAGACAAUGGAGGACAAUGGAAAUGAUCCAGUUUCUUCUGUUUCUCCUCCUAUUUACAGAUGGUCCCUUGCUCAAUCCUGGAAUGAUGUGAUAAAGGUCUGGGGCGGCUACAAUAAAAGUAUACCAUCAUCUGAUGAAGAUAUUAUCAUUUUACCAGACAGAACUGUCUUGGUGGAUAUGAAUCUUCCACCCCUACGAGGUCUUUAUAUCCAGGGCACAUUGGAAUUCUCAUUAAACACCAGCCAUCUUCUGAGCGCAGCCUGUAUUGUGAUUGCUGCUGGUGGUGUCUUGAAAAUGGGUAUCACAUUGCAGCAUCCAUUAGAAGAAAGGAGAAAGGUACACAUUCUCCUUUGGGCAUCUGAGCAAGUAAAUUGUGAUUGAUUGAAAGGUUUGAACGUUGGUCCUGGAACCAUUGGUGUUUUUGGGAAGCUGCAGUUGCACAGUGCUUACACCAAGAAGUCAUGGACACAUCUUGGAAAUGAUGUUGCACCUGGAAAUGAAAGUAGGUUUAUGGUGCAAGAUCAUUUGGACUGGCAUCCGGGGAACAGUAUUGUUGUCAGUUCCUCUUCAUAUGAAGUCCAUCCAACUGAAACAAUCACUUUAGAAAACGUUAACAAUCGUAGCAUUAGGAUCCGUGAACAUCUUCUCCGUAGACAUAUUGGGCAUUCCCAUAUAUUAGAAGAUGGUCAAUGGAUUCCCCUGGCUGCAGAGGUUGGGCUUCUGACAAGAAACAUUCAGAUGAAAUCUGACAUGGAUUGCAUAGGAAGACUUCUGGUGGGACCUUGGGGCUAUGCAAACCAAGAUGCAGGUGUGCUUCAACUUUCAAAUGUUGAAAUUUUGAAUUUUGGACCGUCACAGUCUCCAUCAGUUGAUAUUACAAAUUCAUCCCUCAAGUCUUCCAUAAUUUCCUCCAGCAUUCACCACAGCUGUGGUGUUGGUAUUCAAGCCAUUACAAGUAGUGGGCUCUUGCUACAUGAUAAUGUGAUAUUCAGUACAAUUGGGUAUGGUAUACAUUUAGAAGGCCAAAAUCAUAAACUCAUCAUCAAUCUUGUUGUCUUAAGCAAGCAACCAGAAAGCUCAAAGUUCUGGGUUGCUGGCAUCAAAACAAAUGCAGUAGAAAGUGUUAUGUUACAUAAUAAUAGCGUGGCUGGUUCAGAACGGAUAGCCUUUCAUAUAGGUCAAGAAUGUUUCUUAGCAGAGGAUGUUUGCAAUGGCAAUGUAGCUCAUUCAAGCCUUCAUGGGGUGCAUUUAUAUAAAGGAGAUGGCUUUCCAAACUGCACUAAAAUUAUAGGCUUUUUGUCUUACAAAAACUAUGACUAUGGGAUAAUGUUUCAUCUUGUGGAAGUAGUAGUUGAGAAGGUGACACUGGUGGACAAUGUUGUAGGACUCUUGCCAGUACUUUAUGGACCAUCAGCUAAGGUGCACAGUCACCAGAAAAAACAGCACCUGAAACUAAGAAACUCUGUCUUUGUGGCUACUAGCACUUCCUUUGAUUGCAUCAAGGACUGAAUCCAUCCUCUUUCAGCCAAUUUGACAAUGACACACCGAGCUCCACGUAAUCCCUGGAGGGACCGAAUUGGCAUGUUAUGGCCGUCUUUUACCUUGGACUCUAAUUGGUGGCCUGAUGCUCCAUGGCAUAAAAUAAGAAAUUGUUCAAUAGUUAUGGGAGUCACAACUCUACAAGAUAUAACCUUUGGUAGUUUUAAAAAGAGUUGCUAUACUGAUGGCCAAGACAUCUGCAUCAUGACAAAUCCAGGACAUGGAGGCAUCUUGCAUCUGAUCACCUCUGAGCAGACCAGAAUGCUCCAUAUCAGGGAACAAAAUAUGUUCUAUUUUCAUCCACUGCAAACGAGAGUAAGUGAAUCAAUAUCUGGCUCAUUUGGUAAUGCAAUUUGUGGGAAGUCAAGGAAAGCUCUUUUCAAAGAUUUGGAUGGAAGUGCCCUCGGAUUGGAUUCACCUGUAUCAGUUUUCCAAAAAUCAGAAUUGGAUUGGGAACAAGCUUACCAGGAUGCUGAAAGAUGGCAGUAUGACAAUAAAGAAUUUAGAGUCAUUGUCUCAGGGGUACAGUUUCCAAUUGUAUAUGUCUCUCCUAGUUCCAGGGCAAGCAUUUACAGGGAAGAAGGAAAAUGCAUUCUCAAGCCUUCAUCUAAUGUUUACUUCUGUAAGGAAACUGACCAUGCAAUGGUGAUUUUGGAAAACAUGGACACAGAUUUAGAUCACAGGAACCUCUCUCCACCUGUGUUGAUAGCUAGUACCUUUGUGGACACUUUCAGUAAAGCCACAUUGGAGGAGAAUCUUCUGUAUGUUGCUGUUCACUGGGAUGAACCUAUAGAAAUACAUCCACACAGUGCUCUUCAUAUUGCUUUCACCGUAUUAGAGAAUACUGGAGAGAAAGAGCAGGCAAUGCUUAUUCAACAGUUGGCAAGUUUUUUACAAAUUGGACAGGAUAAAAUUAGAGCAGUCUCCAGUACUCCAGGAAAUGAAGACAGAUUAAGGAUUAUUUCAGACAAUAGUGCUGCCUUAUCUGUUGAAUCAAGUUCUUUUACUGUUUUCCCUGUUGCUGUAUCAGAAAAAUCCGCCAUCAUCUUUACUGCUCUCCUGUGUUCAGAAAAACAGACUUUGCAAUUAGUAAUAGCUGGUGAAAGAAUGUUGCAGUCCUCCAGUUACAACAGGAAUGUGGAAGUGCUUUCUGCUGAUCCACAUUUGCUUUGCCUUGAGCCAUCUGUGCUAGUUCCUGAUGGGGAUCUCUUGGGCCACUUCUCCUAUCACCAUUGGCACUGUGUUCCCAAUAAAAGAGCCAUUAAAGACGUUGCAUCAAAAAACAUUGAGUACCACCUUAACAGGAACAGAAAUGAAAUCGAACAAGACCAUUGGCUCAAUAAAAGGAAAUCAACCAGGGAGUCUCUGGAGCUUCAAGAACUUCACAUCAAGGAGCUUAAUGAAUGGAAGAAGACCAAACAGCAUAUUAUUGACUAUGUUCAGCAUAAAGAAAUGAAAGGAGAGCAAUUCAUAGACCAAAAACAUAAGAGACACAAAGAGAUGCCUGUGACAAGAUCUGAAGAAGAUGUGAGGGGAAAACAGGAAAUUACAGUAUCAUAA